AUGGCCACCACUACUACGGCUGAGAAAAAUGAAGUCCUCAUGCUGGAACAGCAGCAGACGAACGAACCCGACUAUGUGAAGCCUGUGCCUAUCGUCGAUAAGCAAGAUCAGUUUGGUGCCCACGAGAAGACCGACCCUCGUGAGAUUGCAUUGGUAAAAAAGUUGGACAGAUGGAUCAUGCCUAUGCUGUGGUCCAUGUACUGGUUGAACUAUCUGGACAGAAACGCGAUUGCCCUCGCUAGGAUCAACGAUCUCGAGGAGGACCUCAACCUCACCAGUGCCCAGUACCAGACUUGCGUGUCUAUCCUCUUUGUCGGCUAUCUACUCGGUCAGAUCCCGUCGAACAUGUUCUUGACGAGAACCCGCCCCAGUCGAUACAUGGGAACCGCUAUGAUGCUUUGGGCCAUCGUCAGCGGUCUGACAGCUGUGUCUAAGAACUUCACUGGCUUGCUCCUUACCCGUUUUUUCCUAGGCCUGACAGAAGCACCUUACUAUCCCGGUGCAGUCUACCUACUGUCUAUCUUCUAUACGCGCAAGGAAGUUGCCACGCGCAUUGCUAUCCUAUACACGGGCAACAUCCUCGCAACCGCUUUCGCAGGCCUCAUUGCUGCGGGCAUCUUCCACGGCAUGGAUGAUGUCGCCGGCCUUUCCGGCUGGAGAUGGCUGUUCAUCCUCCAGGGAGCCGUUACCUUUGUCAUCGCCAUCGUGGGCUUCUUCCUUCUGCCCGACUUCCCGCACGACACAAAGUGGCUGACACCGGAGGAGCGCCUGCUGGCCACCAACCGCAUGGAGCUCGACACUGUUGGCAACGAGGGUGAGACCUCUACCCGCAAAGGUUUCAUGCAGGCUGCGAAGGAUCCGAUGGUGUGGAUUUUUGCGUUCAUGGCACACAUGCACCUGGCCGCCAACGGCUUCAAGAACUUCUUCCCCACCGUGGUAGAGACCCUAGGUUUCGAGGAGACCAUAACCCUCGUCCUCACAUGCCCGCCCUAUCUCAUCGCCGGCGCCGUUACAAUCGCUGUCUCGUGGAGUAGUGGUAAGUUCAACGAGCGCACAUGGCACAUUACGAUCUCGAAGGCCGUAGCCACGAUUGGUUUCGUGUCUGCGUGUGCAACUAUGGAUGUGGCUGGCCGCUAUGUUUCCAUGGUAAUCUUUACCAUCGGCACGUACGGCGUCAAUUCGCUCAUUCUUGGGUGGUGCGGAAGUACCUGUGGUCAAACGAAGGAGAAGAAGGCAGUCGCAAUCGGCAUUGUGACAACGAUCAUGAACGCGUCGUUCAUCUGGACGCCGUACUUGUGGCCCAAGACUGACGAGCCGCGAUAUGCUAUUGCGCUUGGCUCGUCUGCUGGUUUCUCCGUCGCUACUGCUGUACUUGCGUGGGUAGCAAAGAUUAUUAUGAAGAGGAGGAACAAAGCGCUGAGGGAGAUGAACGACGAGAGUGGGAACUUUUACGUCUACUAG